AAACUUAUCCUAUCCGUUAUUUGAAGUUUGUUUGUGCAGUUAUCGUGUCAUCUCUGGAGUCUAUCAUCACAGAAAUGGCCACUGCUUUUCUCAUUCCACUCUCAUGGUCACCUCGGCUGUCUACUCCUUUCAAGGGAACAGUGAAAACCUUAGUUGCAAAACCAUGUGUGAAGAUUCAGCGAACAAGACCCAUCGUUUUCGCAGGUUACAAGUCUACCUCUGCCCCGGUGGCAACGCCUCUGGUCGGCGUUCGGCUUCGGCUGGACAAUUUGGGGCCCCAACCGGGUUCGAGGAAGAGGGCAAAGAGAAAGGGUAGAGGAAUAUCUGCAGGGCAAGGAGCAAGUUGUGGUUUUGGGAUGAGGGGUCAGAAAUCUCGAUCUGGGCCUGGAGUUAGGAAGGGUUUCGAAGGUGGCCAGAUGCCCCUUUAUCGACGAAUCCCCAAACUCAGAGGAAUUGCAGGAGGUAUGCACGCGGGAUUGCCCAAAUAUGUCCAUGUAAAUCUGAGAGACAUAGAAGAUGCUAAAUUUAAGGAAGGGGAAGAGGUGUCUCUCGAGUCACUGAAGGCUAAAGGUGUGAUUAACCCAUCAGGAAGAGAAAGAAGACUUCCUUUGAAGGUACAUAUUCUUCUUGAUUUAAUGACAUAAAUUUCUUCCUUAGCU